ACUUUCCUUGUGUAAUGAAGUUCUAUAGUGAUCACGUGACAAGUCACGUGGACGUAAAAAGUUUCUGCUUGACAAAAAAGUGGAGGGAGGUCUCGAAGCUUGGCACUUGACACUUAGUCUGGAAUUAAGAGGUCAGAGAAUGUCUCGUUUAGCUGGAAAAGUUGCAGUAGUGACGGCAGCUGCUCAAGGCAUUGGAAGAGCCACUGCCCAGGCUUUUGCUAGAGAAGGAGCCACCGUUCAUGCAACAGAUAUUAAUCUUGAGAAACUGAAUGAACUGAGAGAUACAAAAGGUCUCAUCUUGAGCAAAUUAGAUGUCACAAACAGGGAAGAAGUUGCAAAGUUUUUGGCAGGAAUUCCUAGAAUUGACAUUCUCUUCAACUGUGCAGGUUUUGUCUUCAAUGGCACUGUGCUGGAUACAGAGGAAAAAGACUUUGACUUUUCUUUCAAUUUGAAUGUCAAAGCAAUGUUUUUCCUUACCAAAGCUGUAAUACCAAAGAUGUUAGAACACAAUGGUGGCAGUAUAAUCAAUAUGUCUUCUAUUGCAUCAAGUAUAAAAGGUGCCCCUAAUAGAUGUUUAUAUGGAGCAACCAAGGCAGCAGUAACAGGAUUCACCAAGGGUGUAGCAGCAGACUUUGUCUCCAAGGGAAUCCGUUGUAACGCCCUCUGCCCUGGGACGGUAGACACGCCUUCCCUUCAUCAGAGGAUGGAAGCCACAGGAGAUAAAGAACAGGCCAUGAAAUCAUUCCUUUCCCGCCAGCCUGCGGGGAGAUUGGGCACCCCAGAGGAGAUAGCCAACACUGUAGUCUUUCUUGCUUCUGAUGAGGCCAGCUUCAUUACUGGGGCAGAAAUCAAAGUUGAUGGAGGAUGGAGCAUCUAAGCCUAGAGAGGACCUUUGAGGUAGACCAAGACUUGAUGAGGUCUAGGAUUUUAUGAGAAGGACCAAGACCUACACGGAAUCAUCUGUAAUAUCAUGAAUAAGUGUAUUCACUGCCAUCCAAUGUAAUGAGUAAUUACAAUUACAAUGAAAUUAUUCCAAAUGUGUAUUUGUAUGAGAUGUCCAGAUUUUCUCAUGAAGAUGAUACAAUGGCUUACCUAGAACAAGACAUCUUUUCAUGCAACAUGUAUGCUAAUCAGAUAUGCUUUGAAUUUGAAUUACUAAUCAUGGUAGGUAAUUAUAACUGAAAUCUGUGAUAUAGAGAUGAAAUUUAUGAAUAUUUAUGUGGCAAAAUAUUCCAUGUAAUGAGCAAAACAUUGGCACAUAGUGAAAUGCAGUGCUCCAAUGUGAAUAGAAUCUGUGGUUUGUACUUUAAGUGCUGCCUAUUGUAAUAUUUUUUAAAUUAGAAAAGUAAAAUAAAGAAUAUAUUAAGAUUUAUAGAGCGCAGGAACUAUUCAGCAACAGUAUGUAUUAUACUGUGCUAUUUAAGAAUUUUAAUCAUAAUUUUGCUUGUUACUGAUUAUCAAAUCAAGUUCUUGUUAAACCAUCCACAAGUACUAGUGAUUUGAAAGAUUUGAGUGGUCUCAUCAAACAUUUGUGUGUGCUGAUUCUGAUUUCACUGAAACUUUCACAAGUCACCUUCAUUUUUCAACCCAAUUGUCAUCUCAUUUUAUACUGGGCUGGAGUUUCCCAUAAUAAUUAUAAUAGUGUAUAUUUGUAGAGCGCACACACCGUCAGUAGACGC